GAGGAAAACUGUAGAGCUCACGCUUCAUCAGACACCUUUGUAGACAAGAAGACGCCGCGCGCACGACGCACGUGCGAGGGUAAAAUGCAGAUAAAUAACCGGAAUGUUCUCACGAGUCUGGAGUUGACUGUAAUGUAACAGUAGUUUUGGGAGAAGAAGCGCCAUGAAGAAACACCUGAGUCCCACAAAACAGCAGCAGCAGCAGCAGCAACAACCACCACCGGCUGAAGUCCCGGUUCCAGGCGGCGAGGUUACCGUCCAACAACUCAACGAGCUCCUGUCCAACGGCAGCGGCUUUUACAGCUUACCCACACAACACUUUAACGAGGUCUUCCCGAGAAUAUACAUCGGUAACGCGUUUGUAGCCCAGAAUGCAAUGCGUCUGCAGAAACUUGGAGUAACACACGUCCUCAAUGUGGCAGAGGGCACCUCCUUCAUGCAUGUCAACACCAGUGCGGAGUUCUACGCCGGCACGGGCAUCACCUACCAUGGUAUCCAGGCCAAUGACACCGUGCAGUUCCACCUCAGUGCCUUCUUUGAGGAAGGGGCUGAUUUUAUUGACAAGGCCCUAUCGCACAAUAAUGGCAAAGGGAAGGUAUAUGUACACUGCAGAGAAGGCUACAGCCGCUCCCCUACCAUGGUAGUUGCUUACCUCAUGCUGCGCCAUAGAAUGGAUGUCCGGCAGGCAGUGGCCACUGUGAGACAGAAGAGAGAAAUUGGUCCUAAUGACGGCUUCCUUCUCCAACUGUGCCAACUUAACGAGAAGCUGGCAAAGGAGGGCAAGCUGAACGGGGAGGUGGGCAAACUAAAGACCAAAUGAAAGCAGGAGACCUUCUGCGCUGUAUCCUCCCAUCAUGCCUUUUACAGGUUUCAGUUGCUCUCAGAGACUGACCCCACCCUGACCAAACCAGCACCCAUUUGACACACAAAACAUACAUGCAUUUAUCUGUGUAGAUAAUUAUUCCUCAUGCACACACUCCGUCUCACACACGUACAUGCUGUUUUCUUUCCAAUAUCCAGUUCACAUCUGUCACUGCUGCACUGUAAGGGGAAAUUUGUCAGUCCUCUGCCUGCUUCUACAAGUGUGAUCUAAAAUACUUAACAAACAAACAAACCCCUCAUCCCCCUUUUUUAACUCUACACCACACAGAUGUGCAGAUGUCUUGCUGCUAGUACCCAAAAGCUCUAGAUUUCUGAAUUGAGCUACUUAAAGCAUUCCUUCAAUUCCCGGAGGUUGAGAAGGUAACAACUUCGCCCUGAUUUUUAAGAUUUCCUUAAAUAGAAGAUUAUAGCACAAUCAUUCCAUAGUUUUCCACUGCCGGGAACGUCAGCGAUGUCUCCGCCAGCAGGAGUACUACUAUAAAUUUCAAAUGAACUCUUAGAUAUAAGUCCAGAGGGCCACACAUGCAUGUGGCUGCAACCUGCAGACACAAUAAGUCCGGUAUGUUACACAGAGAGCGAUAUGUGAAUGGAUGGAGCAAAAUCCCAAACAUUCCAUGAAAACUGAAAAAGCCCCUCACAGUUUUGUUUGCCCACUCAACCCUUAAUUCUCUUCUCUUCUACCUGUGGGGACAGAUAUUUAAUGCACAAACACUCACACUCAAAUGCCAGCUGUAGCUCUGUGUAGCAUUUCAAUCAGCAUCCUUGACUCUGGCCUCUAGUUUGACGGCGCUAGCAUUACAUUUGUCGGUCACUAAAGCUGGCGGGAUCACUAAAACUGGCUUCAACAAUGGCAAAGUUCGAGCUAUUAUUAAAAGAAUAUCCUCUUUAAAAGCAGAAAAGGUCAAAUCAGCUCAUUUACAGUAUUUAAUUUCUAAAGUGGCUUGUUUACAAAUUCAAAUUCCUGUUGCGUUAGAAAUAGUAAGAAUGACAUUCAUUUGAAGUCAUUACAAUUUUCUGUUGUAUGAAGGCAGCAGGAGAUGAGAACAGGACUGUCAAAAUUUAAUUUUAUUGACCAUCAGUAACCUGUAGCCGACUUCCAUCAUCUGAAUAAGAUAGACAUUUUUAAUCUAAACACAAUCUGCUGGUUCAGUUUCAGUGUGUUAGAGGUAAUUAUUAUACCCUUAAUAAGAAAUGUCAAAUAUUUCCAGAGUUUAGUUGGUAAUUUUACAUAGUCUCUUAAAAUCUAUAUUCUUCUGUUUUACACGUGUAACUACAUUGAUUGUUUGUUGGGUUACGAGCAUUGCCAAAAUGCGGGAGACUCCGUACCGUGCCUGAAUGCAUGUGGACACUGGCCGAGUGCUGAAACUGCUGCUACUUAAAUAGACAUUGUUAGACCUUAACUUAUUUUCAGUUCUUUUAUUAAGUUAUCUUUGUAAUCACUAUAAUGUUUCAGUAUUCACCUCAUGACAUUUCUGUCACUCACUAGUGUUAAAUAGUUAUACAUGCAGUAUCAUCAAAGUUGUGUUAUCGAUUUACUAUCUCCUAAAGUAUACAUAGUAUGGUUUUUGUUUUAGCAAGGGUGUUUUCUCAAAUGAAUCAUAUGCUCCUGGGUUUUUUUUUCAUUCAAAUUUGCCAAUGCCCACACUAAGCCCGCUAUUUUAAAAAUGUUGUUUACAUGGCAAAAUGUCGUCCGUCAUCGCUUUUGAGAUCUCCGCUCCCACUAAAUCUCUUCUUCCUCGUCUUUUAUUCAGCAGGCAACCAAACUGAGCAUCACAGCCAACAUCUGGUCAGGAGAGCUGUGUCAGCUGGUAAUUGAUUAAUUGUUUUCAUUGUUUUUCAAGCGAAAAUACACUCAAUAAUGGUAAAUCUGAGGAUUUCAUGCCAUGGCAUUUACCACUAUUUUGUGACAUUUUAUACAAAAAAAUUAUUAAUUGAAAAAAUAAUUGGCAUAUGAAUCAAUAGUGAAAAUGAUUUUUAGUUGCUGUGCUAUGUGUCAGAGCAGGUUAAAAGUGACAGAAAGUGCUUUUUUACACAGUCCCCAACUCUCUGGACAGACUUAAGCCAUUUAUUACCAAGCUCAGUAGGUAUUCCUCAUCCACACUAAAAUGCAGUUUUCAGAUUCAUCCACUCUGGAGUCCAUUUUCAGAAAGCUCUGAUUUCAAAUGAGAAAAACGCCAAAUUAGUGUGGACAGAAGGCUAAAAUGGAAAGAAAUUUAGCCUGCUUAGUGUGGACGUCAUCAGUUGUUUUAAUAUUAGUUAAUACUUUUAGCAGAGUAUUUGUAACACACCUCAUUAUCAAAAUCUUCAGUAGCAUAGGGGUGUUAAAGUUUUUACCGCUUUCAAACUAGAGGCCUGUCAAAUGCAUCACCAGGGAAGGAUGCCACCCACUUUCAAAAGAAGGUUCCAGUCAUCACGCCAGAGAGUUGUCCACUGCCAAUUCCCUGACACAGCCAUUCGGCCAGUAUUCAGUUACACUGUUUCAUCAACACAGUUUGUCAGAGGUCCAUACACUACAUGUCACUUGUCUCACUCCAAAGUGUGUGUGUCAUACAGUAAUUUAUCAUGCCUGACUUUAUGCACACACAGGGUCAAAUCACAAAGCCUUUUUUGGUUGUAUGUACUAAAGCAUUGCAAUAUAUGUCAAUACCCCAUCAGAUAUAUAGAAUGUAAUCACAUCUAAAUAUGACUAUUCAGGCUGUAGUUAUUACAUAUAGGCAACAGUAGUUCAACAAUACAUUUUGAAAGACACUGUAGUUAUUACUGGGCAUAAUACUGUAAACUAGACCUAGUGCCAGGAAGGACAGCGAUGGGAGUGCUUUUAAAACCUGCACCAGGUCACUCCUCAAGAGAGACGGAGCUGUUCUAUGAGACAAAUGCCCAUGAAAGUGUGAGAAUGAGGGGGUGUAGACAGAUGGAAAGUCAGGAGUGUCUGUAGUUCAACCAUUAUGUCCCACACAUCAGAUUGCAUAUUUCUCGUGAACAAAUGGCCUGGGGCAUGUUAGCAUGAAUCCAGGAGAAUAGUUGUCUCACUAGAGAGGAAAAUGGAAACUAGGUUGUCUCACCUCAUUAAUGGCACUAUUUAUUCCUCCUUUGAUAUAUCUGUAUACAUAUGAAUAUAUACAUGUAUACUGUAUAUACAUAUUUAAGUGUUGACAUAUAUGAAUGUAUGAGCAAUGUGUCUAUAACGUGUAGAUAUCGUCAGUAUGUCUUAAGUCCUUUAUAUAUCAUGUUAUAUUUGUAUAUGACAUCACAGAAUAGCUCCUCCAUUCUUUCUGUUCCACAGUUGUUUACAUGUACAUUCAUUGUCAGUUUGUGAUGUACAUGUUUUAAUUGUGAUAUUUCUUAUCGCAAUUGUGCAAAAGUUGCUUAUGAUAGCAGGGUUUUUCCAAGCUUAGCUGGAAUUCUGAGGCAUGUAAUCAUCGUGUUUACUAGUGUUUUGAACAGUUGCAAGUUUCCAUGGUAGUGCAAAUUUAUUUAUAAUAUACAGCAAGAUGCAGGUGGCAGCAUAAGAUGGAUAUGGAUUAUCCUGCAUAUGACUUUACUGCAUACAUGUCAUCAUGUCCUAGGAUAUAUUCAGUCCCAUCACCCGUAUAUUUGGAGCUUCGAAAUAUUUACUUUCUCAAAAGGAGUUGAAAGUUUUCUGUUAUAUAUCAAAUUAAUAUCUGGGUUUGUUUGGAUGACAAUGAAUUGAUUCUCCAGCUACACUUUCCAUUUCAAUACAUUGUUUUUAGAUGCAAAACACUCCAUGGAAUUGACUUAUAACUCGCUCACAAACAAAAUUCCCAUUUCGCAGGGUCCACUAGGGGGAGCUGUUCAGUCAUUGCUCAACCACGGGUCUGUAAUGUUAGGCUAGCCUUCAUUUUAGUUUUAGAUUAGUGGAAUGUAAGCAAGACAGUUUCACAAAGAAAGACUAACCCGUUUUAAGCCUAAAAAGUUAGUCAGGCUAACUCUAUGUUUCCAUGGUAACAAUCUCCCGAAAAGAGGAUUUGUUUAACAUUUGCGCCACCUCCAGGCAAUUUAUUUGAUAAAGUUUUUUUAUUUUCUCUGAACUAUCUAUGAUAAGGGCAUAUCAUCAAGUGUUUUACAAACUUGACCAUCAGACAAGUGAGCUUAAGCCAACCUAGUUAUUUUCUCUUGUAGAAAGAUGUAAAAUAAAAUGUAUCUUGCUCACAUCGGCUAGUUGAUCGACAGAAAAUUUGACUAAACGUAAAAAGUAACUUGCCAAACAUUUAAUGGUUCCAGUUCCUUAUACAUGCAGAUUUGCUGCCUUAAAUUGAAUAUUUUUGUGUUUUGCCUCUAUUAGUCAAACAAAAAGACUGUUGUAAGACAUCACAGUUGGCUCGCGCAAAUGGUGAUGAUCAUUGUCACUAUUUUUAGACCGAACAAGCAAUCCAUUAGGAAAUAGUGUUUGGAUCAAUCAAUAAUGAAAAUAAUUAUUAAAUUAGUUGCUUCCCUUGAGUUUUACUAUGUAUGUAGUAUUUUAGUUUUCCAUUACUGGGAAGCAACCCAGCCAGUUGCGAGUUUAUCAGACUAAGAAAUAAAUACAGCCAGAAGAGGCCAUUUUAGGCCAUGUGUUAGCAAUUUGAUCUCAUAAAAUCCAAUUUUUAAAUAAAAACUCGGACAUGCAUUGAAAUGUCAAGUGUAGUUGUAGCCUCUGAUUCAUUAUUGGCCAGGAGAACAAGUCAGAGAAGGCAAUAGAGAGAAUAGUGAGAACAUGAGUGCAGUUGUGAUGUCUCUCGUGGGUGACGUCACAAGGUUGCACUGAUUCUGGCUCCCAGUGAUGGUCUCAGUGCUGGUUCAUACACAUGUUUCUGUCUACUCCAAUACACUCAUCUCAUACACUUGAAAAUGUUUCAGAUCUGUAAAGCUCAAAUUUGAGACCAUUUUCAAGUAUAAUGUGGCGUGUGUGGUACGCUGCAUUUUCCCACCUUCUCGUCAUGAACCCCAAACCACACAACAAUGCCCUAUUGAAUAGACCAUAACUUUAGUUUUCGUUAGUCUACAGGCAGAGAGAAAUGCUCACACAAAUACAUUUCACACCAAGACUGACUGUGCCAAGUGACCAUAUUGUAUUGAACAAAAGCCAUUUCUAAAUGUUUAUGAUAGAAUUGUUUGUCAUUUACAUGGACUGGGGUUUCACGCAUACAAAUAUUAGCAUCUGCUCUACAAUACUGCCCUCCUUCUGAAUACACAAAAAGCAACAACUAACUCUACACAAUUCAGUAUUUCUUUUACAUACCGCAUAUGUUUAAAUUUGAGAAUUAUUGGGGUCAAAUUCUUCAUAUUGGUCCAGGAUGAGGGUAUGUACUUUAUAGCAUCAACUGCCUGCACCAACCUGCUUACUGAUUAAAUCAUGACAGUUUUGGAUUAAGGCUCCCACAAUAGGGUUUGAUAAACACUCUGUGGUAGCCAAACUAGCCAUGAUAGAAGUUUUCUGUCACCUUUUGUAGCCACUAUUUACACAAAAUUGUAAACACUCCCUUUUUGGGUGAAGCAAAGAUACACUAAAGUUUGCAUAAAAAGAAAGCUUCUAUGAUGGCUACACUGCUGGCUUCACACUCUCUUAUGCAUAGAGUAACAGAUAAACACUGCCACCUGCUGCUGAACAAAUCUUGUUAAAAUCUUUUUUAAACUGCUAAUGAUUGAUGGUGUUUCUAGCUUAUGACAUGAUAAAUAGUUCAAAUCCAACCACAAAAAAACAAAACAAAAAUAUUUUUGUCCUAAAUGUGAAACCCUGUAAUGUCAAGACUAAGCAGUUUCCUUUGUUUAACAAUGUACCAGCAUCAUUUUGUGUGUUAUAAUCCAGGUACAGUACAUUAUGUGUUAUUGAGAAUGUUAAACGUGAAAUGCCAUUAAUGCAUAUUGUUAUAUAUACUGAGUAUGUAACACGCACUAAGGCAGUUGUGAAUUGCUGCAUUUUAAUGUCUUAACUGGCCUACUAUAUAGAUAGGACAUUGUUUGAUAUUGGAUAUAGAGAGUUGAAAUUACAGAUGAAACAUUGUGUCUGAUUUCAUUACCUCAAAGUUCAUUUUUGUUUCAAUUUGUCCAGUUACAAGGAUAUAAGAAGAUUAGAGGUUAAAUAUGUUUUUCUUUUUGUACAGUAGGAAACUAAAAAGUCCAUGAAAGUGUGAUUGUGACCUACUUGGGCUAAAUUUGGCUAAAUACAGCAUGUCAUUAUCCAUGUUGUGGAGUCACAUAUAAUCCUAGUCAGACCUGGAUUAGUUGGUAAAUGUAGUUCAUUCAUAGUGUUUGUUGAAAACCAUACAAGUUACCAGAGUGGAAGGGAGGAUUGUUGAAUCAUUCAGAGAGAGCCAGGUAGUUUUUUUCAUAGAAACGUACAUUGAAUUGAUUUUUGUUCAAGUUUACAAUCCCAUGUGGCGUAAAUCAGCCAUCUGCGGAGCAGUACGCAAAAAACCUGAGACGUUUAAACCGUCUGUGACUGACAGUUGAUAUCUUACAUCAUGGAAACUCAUCUGGCUGAACUUAUCUGAAUUAUCCACAAUGCAAUAAACUCCAUCCAUCUGGUACUGUUGAGAGCGUUCGAAUAAACACUGGAAAUGACUUACAAAUACUGUUUGGCCCAGGUAAGGUGCCGACACCAGAGCUGUCACCUUCUUCUUGCUCCCAUUCUGAUGAACGGCUUAUAGCAGUUUUAGCACAAACAAGCCCACUGCCUGACUCUUCCCAGAGUCCAUUACACAGUCGACGUCUUAUCUUGUCACAUAGUUGCAUUUCUGUUAAUGUACAGAUGUUACAGAGGUUGUGAUGUUAGAAUGUCUGUUUAUGGGUAUAUCCACAUAUAUGUUCUGUCACCAACACUGACAUCUCAAUGAACGCAUAACAUCGGUAACGACACAGCACCCCACCCAAAGCCUUACAGUGAAGAUUGAAUCUUUAGAUAUUUUUUUCUUUUAGUUUGUGUAUCUCACUUCACACAGUAGGAAGGGAUAGCUCCCUUAGAGAAUGAGAUAUUGUUGAAGUGCACUUGAUUUUAAAUUGUAGUGUUGUUUUCUUACCUUGGAGAAGUCCCUUCUUAUGUUUAAGAAAUAAAAAUGGCUGAGGUAUUAACAUCUUA